GUGUAGAGAGAGGUGAGUGUUCUCACAGUCUCAUGUCAGUUUAUCCGCAAUCAGGGCUCAGGAAAUGUUCUGUUUGCACACAUAUACAUAUUGAUCUGUUUAAUCUGUCAAAUCUGUACAUUUGUCGGGUCAGCGGCACCAGCUAUCAGUUCGAGGUGAAAGAGCGCCAGGGGAAAGUUGUUAAUCAUGGAUAUUCGACCAAACCACACCAUUUACAUCAAUAAUGUAAAUGAUAAGAUCAAGAAGGAUGAACUGAAGCGGUCACUCUAUGCCCUGUUCUCUCAGUUUGGGCAAGUCAUGGACAUUGUUGCCAUGAAAACCAUGAAGAUGAGAGGGCAGGCGUUUGUGGUGUUCAAAGAGCUUGCCUCGGCUACGAAUGCACUGCGUCAACUUCAAGGUUUUCCUUUCUACAAUAAGCCCAUGCGCAUUCAGUAUGCUAAGACAGACUCUGAGGUCAUCUCCAAAAUCAGAGGCACAUUUGGGGACAAGGACAAGAAGAAGGACAGGAAGAAGAAGGCUCAAGAUCAAGUGGCCAACGUGGCCAAGAAACCAGCACUGGGAUCAGCCAACACAAACAAUGCUCCAACAACCAUGCAGGUUCCAGACAAUCCACCCAACUACAUUUUAUUCCUUAAUAACCUGCCAGAGGAAACAAAUGAAAUGAUGCUCUCCAUGCUGUUCAAUCAAUUCCCUGGUUUCAAAGAGGUGCGACUCGUCCCUGGCAAACACGACAUCUCCUUUGUAGAGUUUGAGAGCGAGGGCCAGGCGGGAGUGGCCAAAGAUGCACUGCAGGGCUUCCGGAUUACGGCCCAAUGCGCCAUGAAGAUCACUUAUGCCAAGAAGUAGUUCCCACGAUGACGUCACUGGACAGGGAACACACAUUGGACUCUGGGUUAGAGAUGGGUUGGACCCCCUGAUUUUUACUUUGUUUUUUUGUAUCGGCUGUGGAAUCUCCCAGGAGUUAUUUUGUUGUUUUUUUUUGACUGAUUUCUGUGCAGUCGCUGUGAGGUGGACUGUGAAGAGAAUCCUCUAAACAUCGCCUCUAUUUUGUAUGGCACAGUAAUAAAGACGUUUUGUGCAACUGUGGUGCCUAAGAUGCUUCCUCUGACAUGUUCCAAGUUUCUAUCCCUGGUCCUGAAGGCCCCAAAAGGACAGAUGGUGAUUGUAGAUUCAAGCCCAAUAACAUGUAAAAAAUGUUGUGUCAUGACAUCUUUAUUCUCUGAAAACAUAUAAACGUGAAAAAAAAUUAUUUGCAAAUUCACGUAGUUGGGGAUACCAAUCAUUGGUCCAGUGAUCAAGUGUGUAAAUUGUCAUAGUUCCCAGCCCAGUCAUAUGCUAACAGCCUGUAUUACAGCUCAGUUGAAACCCCUCUAACCAGUUCUGUUGUUGGGUGAAACAUCUGGGCUCUCCUGCAGUCAUUGGCCCAAAACGAUACUUAAAAGUGGCUGGAUUGACUUCCUAAAUUUGAAUUGGAGGUUAAUAGAAAGCUCCUUUGAUCCGCAUUCCCAGCAAUUCACCGCGAUUCAUUCACACUAUUCGGAUCUAGCGCUGUCUGCGUGCCUUCGCAAUACUUCGGCAUCUCAACAGACAGGCACAUCAAUAAUGUUGUCUACGAGUAUAUAGUCAGAACACAACAUAUUGAUCAAAUGUUUGAUGAAAGCUAGUGCAGACAAUGGGUUCAGCAAUUUCCCAAAUGAAUAAUUAUAAUGUUGAUGUCAUCAAGUUGUGUAUGCUCCCUGGAGCUAUGGAGAGAGAUGGGUAAAAUGAGAAACAGAUUUAUCUCCCAAAGAUUUAUAAAACGUGAUGACAUGAGUCCAGAUGUUUACUGCUUUCGAUUGUCGCAUGCUAUGAUAAGUGCCUCGUGAAGAUAGGACACAUUUUCCAUGAGGGGGAAUCUGGUAAAUGGUCCAACUGGUUAAAGAUAAUUUUCAUAAAGAUCAUACUGUAUGUCCAUGUCCCAAAUGGCACCCUAUUCUCAUAUUUAGUGCCUGUCUUUUGACUAGGGCUCCAGUCAAAAGUAGUGCACUUUUUACAUAAUUGGGUGCCAUUUAGGAUAUUGGAUAUUGAUCUGCUCCACUUCUAACUGGUCUUCUUGAGCUGUAGUUAUAUAUCCUGCUCUAUAUUAGCACUGACUGGCCUCAAAGAGAGUCAUUUCCCCAAAGCUAGUCCUCAGGGUCAUUUAAACUUUACUUUACCUGGCAGGUACCACAAAAACAUACACACUCAGUUGUUGGCUCAAAGUGCAGGCUGUGAUAGGGUGCAAUCACAGUGACUGAUGGUUUGGGUCCCACUGCUUAUUCUCAUUAUAGUGCACUACUUUUUGACCAGGGCCCCAUAGGUUUCCAUUUGGGACACAUCCUUUGAAUGGGCUUCUAACAAUGAACCUGCAUGGCUGUCAGUGACAGCGCAAAGCACUGUAGCCUAGUAGAGAGAGAUCGACCAAAUGGUUAGAGAGACACUGUUACCAUCUGAGAAAUACCUCAUUUAUCUUACUUAUUCAAUUAAUAGCAAACUGCGUUGGGCUAAAAUGUCUAGCACCCUUUUCACACUACUGAGCCAGGCCAUGUUAAACCAACCCAAGUUGUAGGCUACUGUGCUGGCCUGGAUACGCAAUCCACCAGUUUCAGGAACCGUAUUUCAAAUAAAAAUGUAAAAGAAA